UUAUCGAACUGUCCGCACCUGCUUUUUUAUUUGAUAUGUGGAAUUGGCUGGUGACUGUGUUAGUUCUGGUUCUUGUGUUGUUAUGUUAUUACCAAUGGAAAUCGGAGUAUUGGAAGAGAAAAAACAUUCAUUACGAAAAACCUCAAAUUUUCGUAGGAAACUUAGGUGAUGUGGUAUUAGGCAAAAAAAGUUUAUCAGAUACCUACACUGCAAUAUACAAUAAACACGAGGAUCUAAAAUAUUGCGGUAUAAUGAAUUUUGGAUCGCCAGCAAUCUUAUUGAGAGAUCCAGAAUUAAUACAAAACAUCAUUUCGAAGGAGCAUGAUAAAUAUCAUACUUGCUGUAACGAAGAAAAUAAUUUAGCUAAAGAUAAACGUUGGAAAAGAACGAAAGCUAAAAUAAGUCCUCAAUUGACACCUUUAAAAGUUAAGAGCAUGUUUAAUUUGCUUGAAGAAAUCGUAAAUAAAUUAGUAAAAUAUAUCAAUUAUCAUCCAGAAGCGGAUCAAUUUGGGGUUGAUCCAAAAGAAUUAACCGUUAAAUAUGCCUCCGAUAUUAUCGGAACUUGCAUUCUCGGUCUUGAAUCUAACAAUAACGAUCAAUUGGGACUCGAAAUAUUCGAUUACAACUCUUUUUGUAUAAUUUUAAACGUUAUAUCUCUUUUAUUUCCCGGAUUAUACAAAAUUAAACCACCAAAAACUUUAUCGGAAAGACUUACCGCUAAUUUUAAAGAACGUAUCAUUUCGGCGAUAAAAUCCAGGGAAGAAAAUAAUAUUAAAAAACACGAUUUUUUAGGUGCUAUUGUUGAAUUAAAAAUUUUAGCAAAAAAUUUUGAUUUUAGCGUGGAAGAUUUAGCUUUUAAAACAUUAGGAUUUUUCUUAGAAGGAUUCGAAACGAGCGUUAUAACUCUUCAACACGUUCUAUAUGAAUUAGCUUUAAACAAAAAUAUCCAAGAAAAAUUAUUAGGACAAUUCGAAGUAAUGCUAUUGAGGAACGCUACGUUAACAUAUGAAUCAUUAAAAGAAGUGAGAUAUUUAGAUAUGGUUAUUUAUGAGACGCUAAGAAAACAUCCUCCAGCUCCUUUUUUAGCUAAAGAAUGUGAUGAUUUGAUUUUGCCCCCAUCUAAACCAGGUUCAAUAGAAUUAGAGGUACCAAAAGGUACAAAAAUUUUAAUUCCCAUCAUAUCGCUUCACAAUGAUCCCUUCUACUUUGAGGAACCCGAUAAAUUCAUUCCGGAGCGGUUUAACGAGGAUUUAAAUUAUCUCCGAUGUAAAAAAGCUUUUGUUGGAUUUGGUGAUGGACCUCGUUUCUGCUUAGGUCAUCGAUUUGCUUUAACCCAAUUAAAAAUUGCUGUGUACGCGUUAGUUACCAAUUUUGAGUUGGAAUUAGGAGAACCGAUCCAUAAAACGGCGUUAUUAGAACCCAUUCGCUUUGUGUAUGAAAUAAAAUCGAAUUCGCGAUUAAAGUUUAUAAAUAGAACGAAAAAUAAAAAUUAUGGUAAUUGA